CCUCCCCCUCCCCACUCAUCUUUCCUUUUUCUUUCACCAUCAUUCCCUAGCCGCCCGCCGCCGUGAAAGCACGUUCGCUGUUGCUUCACGGUUUCACUCAACCAUUCGGGUAUCGCUGGGGCUGUUAGGAUCGUUUCUCGUCCGAUCCCGCCUAGCUGUCCACUCCGCUCAACUCGCACAUCAUCAUGGUCUCGCCGUUAUGGAGGGCAGCGAGCGAUGGUGAUCUGGAAAAAGUGCAGGAGCUUCUUAAGGAAGCUUCCAGCGUCGACGUGGAGAUCAAAGAUCACACUGGCGCAACACCACUCAUCCAGGCGAUCAGGAAUGGACAUGUCGAGGUCGUGAGAGUUAUGUUGGAUAAUGGCGCCGACCCCAACAACAACUCUGCUCAAGGACGACCCGACGUGUACACAGAGGAUCCGACUAUUCUCGAGUUGCUAGUUGGGGCCCGUGCCAAGCUCGAGGCUCCAGCGCCAGCCCCCGCAGUUCCCACGGCUGUCUCCGCCAACUACGUGAGCUACGAGCAGGUUUCGUACGCGGCGUAUCCCCAGGCCUACUAUUCUGAAGGGCUGGUUCCCCCCCCCUACCCUGCCUACCCGUACAUGUACAGGCCGGACAUGAUCCCCGCUGGCAUGGUCAUCUCUUCUGCUGCCCCACCACCUGCUCCUGCAGUUUCUGAGCAGACAGCGCCGGCCCCGUCGCUGCCUCAGCAGGCCUCCCAAUCUCCCGUUCAAAGGAGUGAGAACAGCAGUGCUGGGUUGCCUCCCCCUGAGAUUGCGAAGACCAUUCCCUGCAGAUUCUACCCUGCAUGUCGGUACGGUGCCCAGUGCAUUUUUGCACAUCCCGACCCAGCGCCUGCGUCCACAGCUGUUGUCCAGCCUGCCCCUACCCCGGUCUCUGCCCCUACCUAUGCCUACCCUAUGGCUCCUCUUGCGUAUUCUUAUGGUUCUCCUCCUUACGAUCCCUCGACUAUGACCUAUGGACCCUACUAUGCUAUGACCGCGCCGGCCAUGCCGGCCUACGCUCCCAUGGCAGCCAUGACUUCCCCGCCAUUCUCUGCCGCGCCUGGGGUUCCCCACCAGCGCUCUAGCUCAGAUGUGCAUACCCCAAUAUCGGCAACCUUCUCCCCCGUUACCAACCCCGUUUUGGCCGGCAUGUGGCCAGUCGGGGUCAUUCCACCUAUUUCCCCUUAUGUCCAGCCGGCCAUGGGGCAGGCGCCUCCGAUGUCACCGGUCGAGGCUACUCAUGGUGUCAACGGUGCUUCUCCGCACCCCAUGGCACCUCCCUCGCCUACGACCUUCUACAACCCGGCUGCCGAUGUCUCUAUCCCUACCGCUCCCGCCGCACAUCGGCGUUCCUUCUCCACUCCCCGAGCCUUAGAUGGAUUCGGGCAACUGCAGAUGCCUGACGGCAUUCCACAGCCCGAGACACAAAAUAUUACGACUAUGUACUUCCGCGGAUCAAGCCGUGGCCGGGGAGGAAAGCGAUCCUCCUAUCUGCCCGGCCAGAGGCAGCCCGCCUCCAACGUAGUCUGCUUAUUCUUCCCCACCGGAAAGUGUAAGAAUGGCCCGGAUUGUCGCUUCGCGCAUGUUAUGCCAGGACCCGAUGAUCCGCCACCGGUGCAUCCGCGGACUGCGCGCGCUCGCGCGGCGGCCCUUGAGCUCGAUAGGCAAGCCUCAUUCCCGACAAUCAAUGAGCCUGUAAAUGUGCCGAAUGGGCAUGGGUAUCCUCGGAAUGGCUCGGGCAACGGAUCAUCUCCCUCUAGCCAAAAUGGAGCGUUUGAUAAGCUUCGUGCUAUGCCCAACGGCAAGCACGGAGCGGCCACCGCCGGUAGCUCCCGUUCCAGUUCAGCAGCGCCAGUCAACCGCCAGCGCAUUCCAAAUGCGGAUGAUUUCCCCGCUUUAGGUGGCCCAGGUGCGGGGCCUAACGGGGUGAAGCCAAUUGCGGGUCCUGCGGGACCCACCGCUGCACAGGUGCUACAAGCACCUGCUCCCGCUCCCCGGAGCACGAGCAAACCCAGAACUCAGUCUGAAACGAGUUCGGAGAAGGCUACAAAGAUCGCCGACGAUAUUGCAGACGUGACCAGCAAACUAGAGGCAGUCAAGAUCGAGAGCGUGACCGCGAGUCUUCCCAGGCCGCCGACCCCGGCCCGCGAAUCCGAUGCCGUCUUCGCGUAGAAUUUGACGCCUUCUUAUUUCAGGGUCACACAUCUUUGGCCCGACCACCGACAUCGCGUCUGACUAAUGACGCCCAAAUAUUCUUCUCCAUUCCGUCAGACCUCCGUUCCGUCUACCUGUUUGGAUCUGUACUUGUGUCGAAAUCACCUUACCCUAGCCAUUCGUUAACGUCACUCGUUCGUUGUCCACUAUACCUGGCUCGACAGCGACUUCGGUUGGCCGACUGCCUGAUUCUUUCUCUUCAUCUUUCUGUGGGCCCCCACACGUGUUCACUGGUUGUGUCGCGUUUAUUUCUUCGCAUCAUUUGGUUAUCAUCACGCGUUAUAAAAGUGUCUGCCGACCUACAUCAUUUGUCCUUACUUACAGCUUGCUUUUUCUCGUCUGCUUCUCCCCUCUCGUGCUGUGUUUGUCUCCUUUCGCACCCAUAUUAUUUAGCAUCGCCAGCCCGUAGGUCAGUUGGUUCCAUUUGUUGUUGGUCUCUACAUCCUUUCAGUUAUCCGUCUGCACGUGCAUCUGUUCUGAUCCUCUACAGGAUUGAGCAAUCCAUUCCUGUUGUCAAC